AUGGAAGAAGAGCAUAAAUCAGAGCCAUGUCCGUCUGAGGCUUCCAGCAUAUCGGCAGAAGGAGAAAGCUUGAAGAAUAAGACGCUGGAUAGCAAAGCUUUGGCAGAGGGUUCUUCUGAUAUCCAACUGAACAGGAGGGUUGGCAAUCAGUCCUCUUCUAGGGCUUUCCUUGAUAUCAAAUUCUCAAAUACAGAAGAUAAGAGAUUAGAACUCAAUCUGUUUAACCCUUCAAAGGUGGCGGCAGAGGGGGCAACUUCAUCGCAGGUAAGUGAGUCUUCGAAGGAGACCACUCGAGAAAAGUCUAGGGUUUUUUCUUGCAACUACUGCAAGAGAGAGUUCUCAACCUCUCAAGCCCUGGGAGGUCACCAGAAUGCCCAUAAACAGGAGCGGCAAAUUGCCAAAAGGCGGCAGAUGGAGGUUCCGCCGUAUGGCCACCUAGGGCCACCACCACCACAUUAUGGUAAUUUUACCUACUACCCUUCGUUCCCAAAUUUGACUAGUGCCUCAAUCAGCAGCAAUAGGUCAUCACUUGGAAUUAGAAAUGAACCAUUCAUUCAACGAUCACCUUCUUGGUCAACCUCACAGUUUAAUUAUCGGUAUGCCUCAGUAGGGCAUCAUGACCAAUUCACUACUGGAUUACCAUAUUUUGAUAGGCCAAAGAUGUUGGAGGGUUUUCAAGGAAACAUCACAAACAAUAGUGACUGUUAUGGUUCUCCUGCAGUAGCAACAGCUUCUUCCUCUUUUAAAUUUGAGGGAGUCCCAGGAGCGGCUCAUGAUUUUUUUGGACCUUCUUCUGGAAAUGGCAAUCCAACACCUGCACUUGAAAAUGGUAUCGAAGGAGAAAUUAGUGCCAAUAACCUUCUCGCAUUAGGUGUGGUUCAUCCCGAGAACGAUCAAGAUGGAUCCACUGUGGAUCUUGAUCUAAAUCUCAAACUCUAA